AUGGCGACCACGAGAAGAAAGCUUUCGUGGGUCCCAAGCGCCCUCAGCAACGUCAGCAACGUCUCCGUACAGUCCGACGGCAACGGCGGCGGCCUCGCAGGCACGGAGUCGCCACGUGCACCACCGGAACACAACCAGAACAGGCAACCGCGAUCAUCUGCGGCACGACAAGCGUUUGGACCCGUUUCCACCUUGGCGCCGGCAUAUGACCCGUUUGGUGACCCCGCCGCUGCCGCCGCCGCUGCUGUCGCGUUUUCUGGCGAAACUGUCGCUCCUAUCAACGCGACGCGGCCCAUUGGCACUGCGGAUGGGACAGUAGCAACAUCGAAUAGUGUUUCGACGCCGCCCAACACCGCCGAUGUGGCGGACCCUAUCCCGUAUCGGCCGGGUUCAUCGAUGACGGACAGGCGUAGGUCCGACGUGCAUGCUGUCCUGGAGACAGUGAAUCAGCUAGCCCAGGACAUUGCCGCAAAGGAGGCGGAGAUUUCAGGGGUCAAGCAAGAUUUGGAGAACGUGCAGGGGGCCAUUGAGGUCAGCGGCUCUUAUCGGGGGAAAGAGGGGGGUGCGCUGGCUUCGGUGGAGGAAAGGUUAGGCCACAGGGAGCGACUGCUGCGGGAGGAGAAAGCGCAGCUGCGGGAGGAGAAACUGGAGCUCUCGAGAUUUCUUAAUGCCGUACCCGAACAGAGAAGAGGAUCCGAAGAGCAACGAAGGAUGUCUCGGGUCCAAGAACUGAUUCGGGAGAGACGGCAGAGCGUGAACAGCAGCGAACAGCUCGGAGAUGAAGCCGGUGAGGACACCGUGUUCGAGAUCCACAAGAUGGAGGAGGACUCUAGGCUGCUCGUUAGGCUAAGCGCCUUCAACGUUCCCAUCCUGGUCGCCACGCUGUUGUCGGGCUUCACUCUCUUGCUCUUCGACGUUGCUAAGACGGACCUUGCUCGACGGCUGGCGGUCCUGUCCUUCGGACUAGAGACGUCGUCCAGCACCAUGCUGUGCCUAAUCUCUUUCCGGGGGCAGCAGCUGUACGCACACUCGACAGACAUCAAGCCGCUAACGAGAAGGUUCCUGCGGAAGAUGUGCAACGUGACUGUGUUGGCCCUUGUGCUAUUUUCCUUGGGAGUCAUCGCUUUCGUCGUUUCGUUCGUGGUGGAAGCAAGUGAGGAAUUGGGCGUGGGGUGGUUGGCGGUUUUGGGGCUCGUCCUGUGCCCCACGAUGCUGGCCGGGCUGAUGUUUGUAAUAAGCACUGUACAGGUGCGGCGGCACUCGAUAGAGUCUGUUCCCCCCCGCGCCAGGCAGUAACAGAUAUUGUAGCCAUUCAGUUUGUGCAUAUCACACCAGACACUUACCUUGUAGCUUAGUCCAUGCAGAUGGUUUGGUCGUGUGCCGUUCGCAGAUCGUGUUCAACAGCGUGCACAGGGCUCUAGGUUGAACAAUGUCUUGGACUUGGGGAUUAGUAGGCAAAACGACUCGUUGACCGUUUGGGUCCUGAUCCGUCUUUUAUUUAUGUGAGCAUGUGCGUGCCAAUUUUGGACGUCCCUUCUGGCACGAGUUCGAUGCCUGGUUGGUUUGGAGUAUGGAGGGGGGAUGGUACAUAAAAACAUAUUGAUAUCUUGUCCGGAACCAAACUAACAUACGUGUUGGUGCCGACAAGCUGGAAAUGAAAGAGGAUGGGUUUGGUGCGGGUUCCGGUGGGUGUAGAAGAGUUUAGUGUAGAAAGGCUAGCCCUAACAGGUGUUUUUGUGGGCAAGCACGACUUAAAGUAGGUGGGCGUCCCGCAGGUCUGUCUCGCCUCGGAUUGAGGCAUGAGUUGGCCCAUUUAGGAUCGCCAUUGUCGUAUACAAAGAAGAAACUUCAAUAGCUGUCCCGGUUUGGAUACGUUGAGAUUGCCGAGGGCGAUGCAUGCAUCUUGAGGCGUCCCCCUGUCGUUGUUUCACGAUUGAUCGCGGGGAAGCCGCGAACGUUUUUGGCCUUAGCAGUGUCCGGCCUCGUCUCCGUUGUAUCUGUCUGCAACUUCGUUGUGCGCACCCUUCGUCUGGGUGUCGUGGAGGUCGACGUCGGCGAAAAUAACUUGUGGUUGCGCUGUUGACGUCAGUGAGUGUUUCACGCACUCGUAAGGGUGCACGAGACGGAACGGGAUACGGCAGUCUUGCAAGACUGCUGUGCAAUACCUGGAUGUCCGGCAUGGUUGCAGAGCCGCGGGAAGGAAGAUCAGGAACGUGGGAUUACGUAUGUCAUGCCGCCUUCACGGCAUGUUCGGGAUGAUUGCUAGUAACGAUUGGACGACUUCGAGCUCGCCUUUGCCCUCGUAGCUAUAUGUCGCUGCCAAACGUCCUUGGUUUUGGCAAGGUGAAUGAGAAGCAGUAGGUGACUGCGUCAGACCGCAGAGCUGAAGCCGCAGUUAUUGGAGAAGUCAUACAGCAGUGCAUUUACAGUUUGAGUGGUGGGUUGAACACUUCGAGAUUCUUUUGCAUCUUGUUUCCUGGAGACUUUUAUUUAGUAAGGUGGCAACGGGAGCAUCCACUUGGCAAUACCUAAAAUGUUGGCCAGCGUAUCAGCACCGACUGGACGCAUCAGGGAAGUACAUUACAUUGUUGCUUCAGUGGAACCCAUUUAAUUUAUUCUGAUUUUAUUUUCGGGGUCAAUUCCUUCUCGCCCAGGUCUGCUAGUUCUGUCGAUUGACAUAUUUUGUACUCCCUGUUCAGUACCUUUUCAAAAUGUAGCGUGAUUGUACAGUAUGAAGAGAGGCUUAGUUUCAUUAAAUGCUAAGCCGCACCGAUAGGUCGGCACUGUGCCGGGAUAGAGAGGACCAUGCAUAAAGUACACAGCUUCCAUUUGUUUAUUUAACACGUUUCGUUUUUCUUUGUCGUUCCAUCUGUUUUGGGACCCAGUCUACACCUUUUGGCGUGUGUUUGACCCACCACCCGGGUCACGGAAAAAUAAUUCUCCACCUUUCUUUCCUCACCUGCGGUGCCUGCCUUCAGCCCUUUGAGUGAGAAGGGUUCAGCGUUUUCUUCCGUCUUUGUUGAGUACUGUACGAAUAGACUAUGCCCUUUU